AUGAAUAACGACGAAGUAUUUAUCACAAAUCGAUCAAAUAUUCGAUUUCUAUUAAUAACAGCUAAUACUGGUACAAUAUUUGAAAAACCUGAAUUAUUAACUGCAUGGGUGAUCGAAUUUGCAAAUCUUUUACGAUCGCAUCCAUCCGACUUUAUUGCAUUACAUUUCCAAGAAGUCGGAGGAAAAGAUUAUGAAACAUAUAUGUAUAUUCUUGAUACAUUUAUCAAAAAUAUUCUUCAAGUACCAGAAAUUUCUACAGAUUAUACUCGUUAUCGUUUAUAUUUUGAUUCGGAUUAUACCUCUCAGGAUACAUUUACAGCUCUUGGUUCGGCAUAUUUUAUUCGUCAAAAUAUACCUAUUGAACAAUGGAAUUUUCCAACUUCAUCUUUUCAAAAUGUUGUCAAUCGUCAGAUUUAUACUGGUAACCUGAUCAAUGUUGAAACACUUCGUAAAGAAAAAUUUCCUCGAGAAUUUUUUCCUGAAGCUAAAUGGUCUCGAAAAGGUUUUACUCAAGCACGUUGGUCAAUAAAUGGCUUUAAUUUUGACAUGAUCAACGUACAUCUUUUCCACGAUGCAUCAAAUAUUUUGGCAGUUGAACAGAGUCCAUCAGUAUAUAGUACAUUUCGUAAAAAUGCUCUAGGAUAUACAUUACGACAUUUAUCAUUGAAUUCUUCUGAUCCACCUGUACCAUAUAUAAUAUUUGGUGAUUUUAAUUUUCGACUUGAUGCUCAUCGUUUUAUUCAAAAUAUUGUUGAAAAACGAAAUGGUUUAAUAAUUGAUAAAAUCAAACAAGCAAAUAAUAAUGAAAUAUCAAAAAUUCUUAUACAAAAUGCACAAAAUAAAAUUGAAUUAACAAUUGAAAAAAAAGAAUUUAAUUUACACAAUGAUCAUGAUUCAUUUUUUAGUAAUGAUAUACACCAGUUUCAAAUGUAUGACUUUGAACCUUUAUCAUUUACUGAUGAUUUAUAUGAAUUUCCAAAGGCUUUUCCACCAAGUUAUCCAUAUAGUGAAGAAUUUAAUGAACCUCGUGCUUAUUUACGUGCACGUUGUCCAGCUUGGUGUGAUCGUGUUCUCCUUAGUCAUUCAUUUAAAGAUUUUGUUAAUACUGAGAUUACUCCACCAACAUAUGAUGUUAUUGGAAAAGAUGUGUGUAUGGGCGAUCAUAAGCCAGUCUAUUUGGCAUUAACGAUUUAUCCGGUACAAGGUUGGUCUACAUCCCCAUUACCUUUGUCCAAUAGUGUUUCUCCUUCUUUACCUUUUUCUUCGAAUUCUGAAGAUUCGAAUGCUACAACUAAGAAUAAUAAUAUUGAUCAAACAAAAUCACUUGUCACUGUUAUGAGAGAAUUAGAUAUGAAUCUAAGAUCAUGUAUUAUUUUGAAUGAAACAUCAUUAUCAUCAGAUGAUAUUAAUUUGUUUAAUGUUCAUGAUUAUGCGAUUUUCACUCAACCAACAGUUUUACCCGAAUGUUGGUUUGCUAAACUUCAACAACGGCCUAUUAAAUCAGUACAUGUAACAAAUAAUAGUAGUAGUGCACUAUGGACAAAAGUACGAGCUAUAACAUAUAUGACAACAUUAGCUCAUCGAACUGGAUCAUGGUAUUCAGAUGAUCGAACAGAACAUUCUCCAGUCGAUGAUGAAGCAUCAUUAUCGGAUAAUGAUGAAACUUUCAAUAGACCAAAUUUAGAAUUCAAUGAUGUGGAAUCUUGUAGAAAACCUGAUCUUGCGAUACCAUUACGUCGAUCAUUUAGUUCAAUUGAUUAUGUAAAACAUAUUGAAACAUAUACACCAGGAAUGUGUCGAAGUCGUUCUACCACACUUAUUAGCUCAUCUGAUCAACCAUCAGAUUCCUCCCCUAUUGAAUUAUCACCACCAAUAACACCAUCAUCAAUAACAAUACUAUCAUCAUCGUCACCACCACCAUCAAUACCAAUACCAAUACCAUCAUCAUCACCAUCACUACCACCAUCGUUACCACCAUCAUCGCGAUCAUUACCACAAUCACCUUCACGUGUCUAUCGUUUUCUUCAUUGUACCAAUGACAAUGUUGUAUCAUUAAAAAAAUUACUGUUUACUAAUUGUACAGAUGGAUUAAUUUCAUCCAACAGAAUGAAUAAUAAUAAAUCACAAGAAAUCAAUUCAUCAUUAGCACCAACAAAGCAUUCAACAUUCGAAUUUAAAAAUUUAAAUAAGAAAAAAUUAACUUCAAUAUCAAUGCCAACAACGAUUAACAAUAAUAAUGAUCAUCGAAUAAUAUUAACUCGUCAUAGACUUCACGCAGAUAUCAAACAAACAUAUACUCGAUGGAUACGUGAGACACCGGUGUAA